AAUUCCAUAGUAGUCACGUACACUUUGGUACUUUAAAUUUUCUUAAUUGAAAAACACUUUGAAAGACAUUCAGAGCAACACUAGCCAGUCAUGAGCUCAUGUAUGUGGAAGAGGGUAGAUGCUGCCCCGUAAGCAGCAGUUCGGAAAGAUGUGGUUGGCUGGCUUCACGUGUCCUGGAUUAAGCACAUGAUAGCCUUCACCCUCCCAGAUUGGUGGUUGUCAUAUGAUAGGGAGGACCUAACUGGUGGGUAGGAAUUGGCCAAGACCAAAUUAGGGAAAAGCUAUAGUUAAAAAAAAUAAUAUUAAUGUGAACAUAUAUGUUCUCCCCGUUCCUUGGGGGUUUUAUCCGGGUACUCCGGUUUCCUCCCCCAGUCCAAAGACGUGCAGUGUACACUGAUUGCCUAUUUUAUAUUGUCCAUAGUGUGUGAGUGGGUGUGUGAAUCUGUGUGCGACUGGGCUCCGCGAUGGGUCGGCACCUUGUGCCCCGAGUUCCCUGGGAUAGGCUCUAGGCUCCCCAUGACCCUGUCUAAGUAGGGAAUAUGCAUGGAUGGAUGGAUGGAUGGAUGGAUGGGUCGUAUUGCCUCACACAAGUAGAGAAUUUCCAGCUCAGUUCCUAUAAGCCGUCCGUCAGGAAGAAGAUUCCUGCUAUCCAUUCAAAGAGCAUGACGUUUCAGCUUUGCAAAGCUGUGCAGAAAUGCCUUGGUGUUUCACACAGUCUUAAAACGCUCCACUUGCACGGGCUGCCUCUGAGAGAGCGAGACCUUGACACACUCACUAAGGGUUUGUCCAAGAGUGUGUCAUUGGAACAUUUGUCUUUGGCACACUGUCCCAUUGCAGACGAUGGACUAGAGACUAUCUGUCAGAGUGUGAAGUAUUCAGCAACCAUUAAAACGGUGGAUUUCACUGCCUGUAAUAUUACAUGGCGAGGUGCAGAGCAUUUGGUAAACAUUAUAAAGAACCAGGCAGUGAGGCGACACGGAACGGCGUGGGUGGAGACCUUGCGAUACAGGAAGGCAGAGUUUGAGGCGAUGGGCGGGCUUCGUAGGAUCACACUUAAUGAAAACAUUCUAAUCGGCGACAGAGGAGUGACAUCCCUCGCUCAGGAGCUCACAGAGGACCUGUGGGUCAAAGCAGUGGACCUGCAGCGGUGUGGCAUCUCUAACGAUGGAGCUCGUGUUCUGGAAAACAUGCUACAGUCCAACACCACUCUGUGUGUACUGGACAUCCGGAGGAACCCCCUAGUGGAUAAUGAGCUGGUGAAGUCUGUGAUUAAGAAAGUGCUUGUGAACAGUAAAGGCCAGGACUCCCAGUAUUUGUGGUUGAAGCCUCCAGGUAAAGAUGCAAAUGACCACUCGGGACAGACGGCCAGGAAAAGCGCAGGAAAACCUACUUACAGAAUCGGCUCACGGCGAGUAUCUUCAGCAACGUGUGGAGGGAGGCCUCCUCGACCUGGCAGUACUGGCUAUAUCCCAUGGCGCACUGCAGCUCGGGCCAAACUUCAGAGGGGUCUCCCUCAGAGUGCAACAACAGCGCAUCUGAGCUUUCAGAAUGCCUCCUCCAUUCGAGUCACAUUGGAGUCAGAGAGCGAGUCGGAGUGUGAAGAAAAUGAAAGUGUAUCACAACGUUUGUGUGCACUGAGUGCUCGUGAGAACAUUGCCAGCAGCCAGUUCAGACGUCUACAAUCAGAUUACAGGAAUCUGCAGGAGCAGCUGGAGGAAUGCAGGCUGAGGCUCAGCGAGGAGAGAAACGCAAGAUUGAAAGCCACUUCUCGUGUUGUCGAGCUGGAGUUAGAGAACAGUCGCCUGCGCAGUGUGAAUCAGUCUCUGUCAGAAGCUCACAUCAGUCACUCUGUCUUGGAGGAUGAACAAGUGCUGGACAGCAUUGAGGCUUCCUUUCACAAAUUCCAUGCCUUCCUUGACCUGCUUAAAGAUGCCGGGCUGGGUCAGUUGGCGUCCGUGGCCGGGAUUGAGCAGUCAGACUUCGGGCUUCUGAAUCGUCCUCAGCUCUCUUCUACACACCGAAGAGGACAUGAAGACCAGGCCAGCCAGCAGAGGAAAGACAGCAUGGCUGUAACAAACAACAACCUUCAAAAACCAUCAAGACUUCAAUCCACCACAUCCUCCUCUGCACCUUCUGUGGUCUCCAAGAACUCUCGUCAUCUCCACUCCCCACAGGAGGUGAUCCUCACUCCAGCUGCACUCCACUCCAACCCCUCACCUUCUCCUUUGGACCAUCCCGAAGCUCUUCAGAUGCAGCAAAGUGUCUCUCCCACCCAUUCAAACUCAAACAGGGAGUCUGGCUCUGAUAAACUCCGAGGCAGCCGAGGCUCAAAAUCAGGCAGUUCAGCCAGCAGUGUUCUUCAUAGUGUUCACAGUAAACUCUCUUAUUCUUACAGAGAGGACUUCUCAGAGGGGAAGCUCUCUCCGGCUCUGAGCUCCAGAUCUUCCAGCAUGUCUCAGUUUGGUUCUGAGAGACUCAGUGUCUCUGAGGGCCUGAGGAGUGCUGGUGGAUUGGCUGGUCUCUAGAGACAGGUCACAGUUUUAAUGUUUAGUGCCAAGAUUCGAAAUGUUUACAUGAGCGAUUGUACAAUUUUCGAGUGACCCCAGUGCUCUGAAAUAUUGAGUGGAUGUUGGAGAUGGUAUGAGAUAAUUAAAGAGAACAACAGUGCUGAGGAAUAUAUAUUAAUGGUUUGUGUAUUAUAAAUUAAUUAGAACUGAAAAAUGAUUACAGUUUUUACUGGAAUUGGUUAUACUAAAGUUUGUUUUACUUUGUUUCUGAAUUUCUGAAAACUGAAUUGAGCAAGUUGUAAGCAUUAGGGCACUAACCUUUUAUUGUGCGUUGUUGGAUUUCAUGACUGUUCAAAUUAAUUUCCACUAUGCAUUUGGACAUUUUAUGUAGCUAAAAAAAACUAUGCCAAUUUUUUUUAUAGUGCCCAUGAAUGAAUAGAAAUUACUUGUUUGUUUUGCUGGUGAGAUGUGUGUAGAGUGUCUCCUAAAAGUCAUGUAUAACUUGCAAGGUUUUAAGACAGGGUUUUGUUUUACAGCUAUAUAUUUAUUGUGAUUCCUUUUUUUAUUAAUAGAGUUGAUUGUCUCAAAAAUCUCAAGUCUUGGGUAUACUUAAAAUUACCGUUUACAAAUUGCUGUGAAUCACUUGAUAUGUGAAUUUGUUUCAGACUAAAUGUGCAACCAGGUCAAGUAGUUGAGAGGUGGAAGUAAAAACAAUGGAUUUGAUAAAAAGGCUACUAAAUAAUUUUUUUACAACCUUUUAAACAGCCAUAUGAUGUUAUAUAUUCAAAGAUUAUGAAAGUGUGUGUGAGUGUGGUAGGGCAGUAGUAGCUCAGUGGUUAAGAUAUUGGAUGUCUGAUUAGAAUGUUUUGUUCAAAUCCUAGCACUGCCAAGCUGCCUUGAGCAAGGUCCUUAACCCACAACUGCUCAAAUGUGUACAGGGGUUCUUGAAAGUUAUGAACCCUUCAAGAAUAUUCUGUAUUUCUGCAUGAGUAUGCCCUAAAUCAUAAUCAGAUUUUCAUACAAGUGCUGAAAGUAGAUAAAGAGAACCCAAUUAAGCAAACAAGACAUAUUAUACUUUGUCAUUUAUUUAUUAAGGAAAAUGAUCCAAUAUUACAUAUCUAUGAAUGGCAAAUGUACAUGCACCUUUGCUUUCAGCAUCUGGUGUGACCCCCUUGUGGAGCAUUAACCACAACUAAACGGUUCUGGCAACUGCUGAUUGGCUUGUCCACAUGAACUUUAGCAAAUUGCAGACAGGAAGCAAUGUUCGUUUGGAGAGCAGUGGUUUUCUCCUUGCAACCUUGCACACCAUUGUUGUUAAGUGUUCUCCUGAUGGUGGACUCGUGAACAUUAACAUUAAUCAAUGUGAGAGAGGCCUUUAGUUGCUUAGAAGUUACCCUGGGUUCCUUUGUGACAUCGUGGACUAUUACACGUCUUGCUUUUGGAGUGAUCCUUGCUGGUCGACCACUCCUGGGGAGGGUAACAGUGAUCUUGAAUUUCCUCCAUUUGUACCCAGUCAUGUCUGACUGUGGACUGGUGGAGUCCAUCUCUUUAGAAAUGGAUUUGUAAACAUUUCCAGCCUGAUGAGCAUUAACAACUCUCUUUCUGAGGUCCUCAGAAAUCUCAUUUGCUCG